AAAUUGACCGACUAAUAAUAAUAUUGAAGCAGACACUUUCAAUAAUCUGUCAAAUCCAACAAGUGUUACACCAAAAUUUGCUUAAAACUUUGGCAUCGAUUCAAAAAUUUUAUACCGUUUCAUGAAACUGGUUUCAUUCAUGCUGAUGAUUUCCCGGUGAUGGUGGAGGAUUACUUGGAAUCUCUUGUAACUAGAAAAUGACGAUUAAUCCUAGAAGAAUCUUGUGUCUGAGUGGGAAACGCAAGAGCGGAAAGGACUAUAUCGCUGAACUUUUGCACGCUGGAAUACCAAAUAGUAUCAUCAUCAGAAUAUCUGCCCCUAUUAAAAAAUAUUGGUCUGAAUCAAAAGGAUUAGAUAUGGAUAAGCUUAUGAGUGAUGGUGCGUAUAAAGAAGAAUAUAGAACUGAAAUGAUAGUUUGGGGAGAAGAGAAACGUGCACAGGAUUCUGGAUUCUUCUGCAGAACUGCAAUUGAAAUGUUGAAAGGCAGUGAUUUUCCUGUUUGGAUUGUAUCUGAUUUAAGAAGAGAAACAGAUCUGAAAUUCUUCCGCGACACAUACCCCAACCGUGUUACCUGUGUUAGGAUAUCCGCAUCGUCUGAAGCGAGAGUAAAGAGAGGUUUUGUUUUUGCAGCUGGUGUAGAUGACACUGAAUCUGAAAAUGGACUAGACCACAUUCAGGAUUGGGAUGUUUGUUUCCAAAAUGAUGGUGAUCAUCUGCUCUUGCAAGGCAAUCUCGACCAUUUGACCCGAAUUUGCCAAGAAUCAUUGUAGCUUUAACGAAAGCAUUUUGUAGCCAUUCAAUGCGACGCAUUCGUAGUAUCUCAUUUGACUCGUUUAAUACACUUUAUUUCGAGAUUA